AGUCCGUUCCAGUUCCGACUGAGACGUUUGGGGUCUUGCAAACACCUCAGUAUUCGCGCAUGCGAACUACAGGGAGAUCGCGAAACAGCGGAGUCAGGGAAGGAAGCACGUUGUACUGCGACAGGCAACAUUUUCUCGCAAUUUCUGGCACAAAAAGAAGUAAAGAUGGCAUCCUCAGCAAAGGAGAACUCUCGAAUGAAGAGCUACAAGAACAAAGCACUGAACCCGCAGUGGAUGAGACGAAGACGUGAGGAGGAGGGGGUCCAGCUACGCAAACAGAAGAGAGAACAGCAGCUGUUCAAGCGUCGUAAUGUGGACAUCCCCGCAGAUGACAACUCCCCUGGGAUACAGGAGCCCUACAUCUCCUCCUCACAGGCCCCAGUAUUCCCCACUUCCCCUCUGUACUCACCCACACUGGAGGAGGGUGGCAUUAUGCCAGAGAUGGUGCAGAUGAUCUACAGUGAGGACCCUGAGCAGCAACUGGCUGCAACUCAGAAAUUCCGGAAACUCCUUUCCAGAGAGCCCAACCCUCCCAUUGAUGAGGUGAUACAGACUGGCAUUGUGCCAAGGUUCGUGGAGUUCCUACAGAAAGAAGGGAACUGCACGCUCCAGGUAGGCACGCUUCAGUUUGAGGCUGCGUGGGCCCUGACCAACAUCGCCUCCGGCACGUCCCUACAGACCAGGGUGGUGAUCGAGGCUGGAGCUGUGGACAUCUUCAUCAGGCUGCUGGGCUCCGAGUUUGAGGAUGUGCAGGAGCAGGCUGUUUGGGCCCUGGGUAACAUUGCCGGUGACAGUCCUGAGUGUAGAGACUUUGUACUGGACCAGGGGAUCCUGACGCCACUGCUGCAGCUGCUGACCAAGUCCACCCGGCUGUCCAUGACUAGGAAUGCAGUCUGGUGCCUGUCUAACCUGUGCAGAGGGAAAAACCCUCCACCAGACUUCACCAAGGUGGCGCCCUGCCUGCCAGUCCUGGCCCGUCUGCUCUUCAGCAAUGAUAACGAUGUCCUGGCGGACGCCUGCUGGGCUCUGUCUUACCUGUCUGACGGACCCAAUGAGAAGAUACAGGCAGUUAUCGACUCUGGUGUCUGCAGAAGACUCGUGGAGCUACUCAUGCAUAACCAUCACAGUGUUGUAUCCUCUGCCCUGAGAGCUGUGGGAAAUAUAGUCACAGGAGAUGAUGUUCAGACCCAGGUGAUUCUGAACUGCUCUGCACUCCCUUGCCUGCUCCACCUGUUGAACAGUCAGAAGGAGUCCAUCCGGAAGGAGGCCUGCUGGACCAUCUCCAACAUCACCGCUGGCAACAGGGCCCAGAUACAGGCUGUGAUCGAUGCAAACAUCUUCCCUGUGCUGAUCGAGAUUCUGAACAAAGCUGAGUUUAAGACCCGCAAGGAGGCUGCCUGGGCGAUCACCAACGCCACAUCCGGUGGGACCCCAGAGCAAAUCAGGUUCCUGGUGGACCAGAGUUGCAUCGGUCCCCUGUGUGACCUGCUGACAGUCAUGGAUGCCAAGAUCGUGCAGGUGGCCCUGAACGGGCUGGAGAACAUCCUCAGACUGGGAGAGCAGGACGCCAAGAUGAACGGCGGAGUCAACCCUUAUGCGGUCAUGAUAGAGGAAUGUUAUGGCCUGGACAAGAUCGAGUUCCUGCAGAGUCACGAGAACCAGGAGAUUUACCAGAAGGCCUUUGACAUCAUCGAGCACUACUUCGGGACGGAGGACGAGGAUGCAAAGCUUGCCCCUCAGAUGGACGAGAACGCCGAGCAGUACCAGUUCAGCGCCGAUCAAAAUGUUCCAGCUGGAGGUUUCCAGUUCUAAAAUCAGCCCCAGCGAGAGAGCCUGGAGAAGUCUGGGCUCUGCCGUUAGCAGCAGGCCAUCUUCAUCAAUGCCUCUCUUCUUAGUGUGCGAGCGAGCGUGUGAGCGGACGGACGAACGUGCGAGAAAGCAAGACAGGGCGUGCCAGAGUGAGUGAAUGAGAGAUAAACUCUUCAGCCUCCACUGUCAGAGGAGCCUGCGCAACCAGCCAACUUCCUCCCUCAAAAUUCCACCUGGUUCCAGACUUCCCUUCCUCUGCGGAAUUCCCUGACGAGUCUUGGACUGAACAAAGAUUUGGGAAGGUCUGCAGAAUCAAGUUGCAGUACAAGGAAUUAAAGGAGUCUGGAACUCAAGAAAUGAUCAAGAUCUUCAAGGUCCAAGCAAAAUUCCGAGGAAAAAGGAAUUCUCAACAUUUGGAAACUUUCUGCAACCUUGAAGUGGAGAAACGGUGAUUCAAGAUGAAGAAAUACUGCAACAACUUAAGAAGACUUUGACAAUAUUAAGAAGAAAAAACACCAAAAAAAUGGGAAAACGUCAAGCAAGAAAUGCAAAUUCCAGGAUACUUUCAUUUUUACAAGGAAAGAAAUCAAGUUGGUGCCUACUGGGGGCCCAGGUCCUGCCAUUGAUCCUGCCUCUCCCAUCCUGCGAAUGAGUGUGAAUGCUGUGCAUGGAAUAAAUGACAUGUAGAAAACUUAACUUAGUAAACCCAGGGUCACAGCUUUAUUACGUUCAAACUUCACAGUAGGAAAAAAAAGGAGGAAACAUCUCAUAUAAGCAUGAAUAUACUUGUAGGUUAUGUAUUUUGUCAUCAAAAAUCAUAUGUCUUAUUUUUCUGGAAUUUAUGGAAGGGUGGGCUUAAAACAAAUGACUUUCUCCAAGUAGCAAAAGAAAGGGGAACAAAAAGUCAAGAAAACAGCAUGCUUCUUUUCUCAGAAGAAACCUCAGUUCUUGGGUGGAACUGAAGUUCCCUUUUAGAUUCAGGAAGUGUUGUUAAGUCCAGGCCAGAAGAACACUGUAGGUAAAUAGUAUUAUACAGGCAGGGCAUUCUUGUUUGAGUGUGGAUUUCUGUGCAAGCAUGCUGCAUACUGCUAUUGAGAUGCAACCAUACCUCAGAAAAUGAUAGAAAUCGUACCUUAUCCUGCCAUUGUUUACUUUGUUGCCAUUCAGUUACCUGGGAGUUAGGCAGUGAUGAUUAAUCCCAACUAUGGGAAAACAUACUUACAGUUAAGUAGGCUUCUUCAUGGCAAGUAUCUGUUCAGGGAGGAUUCAUUCUUCUGUGAUUUUAGACUAAGGUUGCCAAAAAAAAUUGUAGCAAAAGAGUAACAAAAUGUUAAAGAAAAGCAUUGCCAUUGCAUUGCAUCAAACAUGGUGUAAAGUUGUAAAACAAUCUCUGGCAAUUAUGGAUCCUCCUUGGACUGUGAAGUUCAAUAGUUUGUUUGGGGUAUGAGAGAUGCAAAGAUCUAGGAAAGUAGACAAGUUUGAAACAAGGUCUUUUAACAUGCUGCUGAAAUAUUUGUACUUGUGUGUUGCACAUGGGAUUUUGGGACCAGUUUUGGAGGAAAAAACACGUGAAAAAAAUGCUGGCAACUUUUUUGUAAAGAAGAAUGCCAAAGAAACUUUUGUCAGUGAAAUAAAAGAAAACUUGUUUGAAAAAUGAGGGAAAAGUAGAGCAGUUAAAAGGCCUUAGAGGCUCCUAAGAGCCAGUACUUUAUAGAUAAUUAGUGUUGAGUGUGUGGCAUGAUGAUACAACACACAUGCAUCGCAUGCAGACACACACAAACACGCACGCAUACACGCACACAUGACAUACAUACAGAACAAAUACAUGCGUGUACACACUGCAUACACAAUGUGCCUAUAACUACAGAAACCAGACUCAUUGUAGCAUUAUCCCUAGAAUUAAAAGUGGAAUUUCUGUUGACAGAUUCAUAAGUAUUUAGUAGUUGCCCAAAAGGCUUUUGCCUUGUGUGCAGAUGACUAAGGGAUACUUACUGUUUGUUAUUAGGUUUAUCAUGAAAUCAUGUGACCACAAUGUUGACAGGUGUUUUAGGCUUCACUUUUCCGUGUGUACCUUUUUGCUUCAAUUCGAGCAUUGUGCCAUCACCUGAGUAAAUUCUGGCAUAUUAGCUUUCUAUAUGGAGUUGAACAAGGAACAUAUGAAGACAGACUACAACAGUCCACAUAGGUGGAUAAAGGAUCUUCCAUUUUUUUUACUCCAUGCAUCUUACACAUAAAGCAUUUUCUAAUACGCAAACUUACAGAACAGUAUAUGUGGCUAUGUUGAUAUAUUGUAUAGCAGAAAGACAUGUCCUUCUGGGCAGAACUUUGGUCAGCAAACAAUCAUUUUGGAUGAAACCAGCUUAUUGAGUUUAGUUUGCCUUCUAUUAUAGCCAUCCUGUAGUGAUGUACCUUGAUAGCAUUCUGCAGUCCUCCAGUCUGAGUAUCUGGAUGAUGUUGUGACUACCUUGACAGAAUGUACACAGCUGUAACUGUCAUUGGUAUGUUACUCCAACAGUGUUCCCAACAUCUUACACUUCCCACCCUGAUCUAAAGAUCAACCAUCAGACAACCCUUGCAGGAUUUUGUUUUUUUUACAAACAUUUGUUAGAAAGUAUUACAACCCCGUUUAUUAUUAGAUAAUGCCAUAUAUUUCUGUCAGGGUUGUCUUUGGGAUAUUCUGUUCUUAGGAGAGGGUGGGAAGAAUAGAAGCUGUUGUCAAUGCAAUAGUCAAUCACAUACAUAUAAAUGCAGUGCCUGAAAGGUCCAUAACUAUUUCUGUUAGUCUGUUGCCCUCAAGAACUGUUAAGGUACCUUACGUUUCUACACUACUGUAUUAGUGAAUUAAGUAAAUUGUAUUUCCUUCCAUUUGUACAGUAUUUAAAGAUAUGUAAAAGUUCUGCAACAAAAUGUGGAUUUCGAAGCAGACAGCCAAACAAGCCCAAAAGGCAAAAGUCACACUAUGCAAAAAGCAGAAAGGGAAAUUUACGGAGCUUCUAAAAAAACUUGUUUAUUCAUAAGUACAAAAUUAAGAUAUUAUGUGAUAUUUUGAGCCUCUAUAUUUUGGAGAUUUCAGUGUUCCAAUUGUAUUCUUGUGUUGUAUCAACAUUUCAUAACAUACUGAGUCUAUGAUACCGAAGAUUACAGACAUUCUCAAACAAUUCACUUGGCAAUAAACAUUACAAUCACUCAGGCAAAUAUUCCUAGUACCAAAAGUGUCUCAUUUUGUUGCAAAUCAAGUCAGGAGAAUGUUUGGUUUCAGUUUGCAGUUCUAAGCCUUGUCAGUAGGUGUCUCUUCUGUAAUGUGUUCCUACAGAUUUAUCAUGAUGGCAGGGUGACUAAUAAUCUUCGUGCAAUCACAUGUUCCUUUCAGUACAUAAGGAAAAUAUGUAUAGACUAUCUUUAACUAACAUAUAAGUUGUUCUGUGGAUACCAGAUUAUGUCAAUAUGCAUUUACUGGAUUGAUAAUUUAGCUACCCAAAUGGCAUGGAACCUUUUUGGUUGUUUGCCUUUGUUUAAAUGUCAGUGUCAAACACAUCUGUUGAAAACAGCUUCAGUACUUUUGAAACAAUUUCUUUGACAAAAGUCUUGAAAACCUAACUGAGGAAAAGCAAUGUGGUGAUUUUAUGUGUUCAUUUGGCUAAUGCUGUCAAAAACACCCAAAAAUGUCAUCAGUGAACAGGACUGUGUUACUACAUAUUUGAAGUAUUUGGUAGGACCAGACCAUUAAAUGCAUUAUGUUUGUAUCAUGAGUUACCUGCUAAAAGUUACAGCAUUAACAGAGCCACUUUGUAUGCACAGGACAGCUUAGAACUUAAGUCAAUAACUACAGUUUAUAUGGUGCUGUGUUGGUAAUCUUGAAAGUCUCAGUAUUUAUUGCUAUAUUGUGAAACAAAUUUACCAUAUCAUGGUCAACGUCACAUUCUAUUGCAAGAGACAAAGUUUUUUUUAGAGCUUUGUAUUAUUUCUACAUAUGUUGAAGCCUCUUGGGAAAGUGUGAGGUUGUCGAGGGGUUGUCUUUUCAUGACAGUCAAACCUUGAAUAUUUCCUUGU